UCCUAGAAAACAACAAACAGAGCACAAAACAAAGGAUGUCCGCCGCGAGUCCAAACUCUUGCGUGGAGACGCCGAAGGCGCCGGAAUGGCUAUCCAAGCUGGAGAGCCGUCGGGAGCAGCUGAAGCGCUCCAAGCUCGGUCACGAAGCAGGCGCCGGAGCUCCCUGCGCCGAGUGCAAGGACAAGUGUCCUGGCCUGGACCUGCACUUCUGGCGGAAGGUGUGCCGCAACUGCAAGUGCCCGAAGAACCAGCACGUUUGUCCGGACGACGAUGACGCCACCGGCUGGGCACAGUUCGAGAUUCUGGGACAGAUCAGGGCCAAGCCAGCAUAUAUUAAAAUCAAGGCGCUGGCCAGUCAGCCGGUGCAACUGGAGUGGGUGCCACCGAAUGCUGCGCCCGAUGUGGUCACCGAUUACAUGGAGAAGCUGGGCACUGCCCAAAUACCCGUGGCCGGAAGUGAUGCCGCUCUCAAGCGAAAACUUCAGUUGGAGCUGCAAGUACCGCCGCACGAUUUGGAUGCCGCUUUGUGCGAUGGACUCACGGAAACGGAGGCCCUCCAGCUGCAGCAGUAUGUCCAGAAGCUGAGGGAGCAGUGCGUCGGCCAGGGCGUGGUGGUGCGCCUGGGCGAUCGUCUCAAUCAUGCCCAAGUGGAGCACGUUCCCGUCCCGGUUUCGAUGGCUUGGCAAUCUCUGGGUCUCUCGCCAGUGGCCGAUGACACGCUAAACGAACUGCUGGGUAAUCCUAAGGUGGCCCAGGCUCUUUCAAGUCCGGCCAGUGCCCAACCGAAGCUCUUUGUGGCCUUUUCCGAGCCUUUGUCCGAAUCUACGGCUCACUUUGAGGAAAAUGGAGCUCUGCGGGCCCAGACCAAGGAAAAGCUGCUGGGCAUCAGCAAGCCCGCCCUGCAGAGCUUGGUGAGUCAUGGCGUUGUCUAUGACAAGGUGCUGGGAAUACUACAGGAAAAGAAGCUGAACAUCUCGAGGGAUCCCAAACUUGGUCCAAUUGCCGAAUUCCGCAAGGAGUAUGUAAGCAAUCCGCAGUUCAGAGCUGAGAUCAGCACCAUCUGCCCGCAGCAGCCGAGGACACCAAUGAAAUCCUCUCCGAGCACACCGUUCAACUCCCCGCUGCCUUUAAAAAAUCCUGUGCAGAUCCGAUUCGGAGCACAGAUGCGCCAAGAUACGCCCAUGCGGCGGGUCAAGUUUGGCGGAGUCUCCACCAUUGUCUACGACUGCGGACUGCCCGCCAACACGGACUACGAUCGUGAUCCGAUCUUUGCGCAGAUCCUCCAAGCGGAGCCGCUCAAACAGGCGCUGCAGGAAGCGCGCGCUGGACGUUCGCCCUCCGCGGUGGUUAUUUCCAAUAUCCCCGCCCCGGUUGCGAGUCUGGCGGAACUGAAAGGCCUCACGCCGGCCAUUAAGGCACAGCUCCAGUCCGUGGGACUCGAUAAGAACAUGCUGCAAUCCGCUGUGUUCAACGCUCCGUAUUACGAACGACUAUUCCGCUCGCUGCAGGACAAAGGCAUCUCGCAUGACCAGUGCCAGCUGCUGCAGCCACUGAAACAAGUGCACGACUGGCUGCUCGAUGACGAUCAGUUGCUGGACGAGAUCGACAAGGUCUUUGCCGAUAUGGCCAAUGGCUGCAGGGACAUUUCCUACCCGAAACCCAGUCUCGGUGAGCUGCCCACCUCGCACAGCAGUGAUUCUGGCUUCCACUCGAAACCCUCAACACCGGGUUAUGGCAGCGAGGAUCUAUUGCCUGGCCAGGGCAGGUUCACCAGCAUUCCCGGGAUUGAAGACAUGAACAUGUACCCAAAUUGCGCUGGCAUGCCGGAGCAGUUCCAGCAGCUUCGUCUCCACGGGGAGGAGUCUUCGGGCAAAGACCAUCAACGCACCAUUUUGUGCGCCGACUGCAACAAACCAAUCGCCUAUGGCGAAGUGGCCGUUAAGGCGGAUCGCGCUGGAAAGGAGAUCGCCUGGCAUCCCGGCUGCUUCAAGUGCAUCACUUGCCGAGAACUUCUGGCCGACCUGGUCUACUUCUUUCACCAGGGACAAGUUUUCUGCGGUCGCGACUUGGCCAUCAGGCUGAAAAUCCCACGAUGCCGCGCCUGCGAUGAGCUGAUCUUCACCAAGGAGUACACGGCAGCGGAAGAGGCGACAUUCCACAUCAAGCACUUCUGCUGCUAUCAGUGCGAUGAGCCGCUGGCCGGACAGCAGUAUAUCGCCGAUGAGAAGUCCAAUAUGCCACUGUGUUUGCCGUGCUACGACCGCUUGUUUGCCGUCCGCUGCCAACGCUGCAAGAUAGCAAUUGGACCCGCGGAUCAGGGCGUCGCCUGGGGCGAUGUCCACUGGCAUGCCAAUUGCUUUGUCUGCGCCGGAGUCGAGUGCUCCAAGCCGCUUAUAGGCGGACGCUUUUGCGUCAAGGAGAACAUGCCCUUUUGCAGCCCAGUCUGCGUGCGCAGCUUGAUUAAAUAAGACAACAGUAUUCCACAUAUUUAUAUACACAAAAAUCAUCGUUUUUUGGAUGAUACACACAAUAUUUCAUAACCAGCUAGUGAUCAAUAGAUGCCACAGACUCAAAGUGCCUAGCAUAGACUUGCAUUUAAAGGAGAGCCCAGUUGCUAUUUAGGAUUCCAA